AAGAAGAAGACGGCGUUCCGAACGGUCGCGUUUUUUCAUGUUCUCCGCUCCAAAGGAUUUAUCGGCCCCUGGCCGAGGUGCUGCUCAGGCGUCAGCCAGCAGCAAUGACUACCGUAUUGUGCUACCUCGUCUUCCUACCGGUAAGCUGGUUGUGGACUCCGUUUUCCUGCAUGCUGACUUAGCUGGUCGACCGUACAGAGCCCAAGACUUCAGAGACGCCCUUCGGAAUGUUAUUGACCUAAAGGAAAUAAGUUCCAUUGGCCAAUUUCAGAUGUCGCACGUGUGGAUGGUGACGUGCAAGUCACCAAUGGCAAAAUCAAAUCUAGUCACGUGCGGGGAUUUAUCGGUGAAAGGAAGACGCUGCAUCGUCAUGGACCCUGAGCCCACGGAAGUAAAAAUGAAGCUUUUAUGGCUACCUGAGCGUUUGGAAGACGCCUACAUUCGAGAUUCACUCCAGGCUUACGGGAAAGUGAAAUCUAUAUCAGCAGAAAGCUGGAGAGUAUCGGAGAUGGAAGAAAUGCGUACUCUAAAUCGUGAUGUGGUGUUGUCUCUUGCUGACGGAGUAGGUGUGGGUGACGUUCCACAUCUACUACCUGUCUGUGGAGUGCAGAGCCUUGUACUGAUUCCAGGCAGACCCCCGCUUUGUCUCCGCUGUAACAAGGUUGGCCACAUUCGUCGCAACUGCAGAACUCCACGUUGUGAAGACUGCCGGCGCUUUGGCCACACAGCUGAAGAAUGUGUGGUAACAUACGCCGACAAGUUACGACAUAGGACACGACCUCCUGACGAAUGCGUGCAAGAACACAUAAUGGACGCCACAGAGGUUCUCGACGCGACCGGAGAUGUUCCUUGUGCCGCGGAGACCAGUUGUGCCGGCAAGUCUCGUCUAAAUGUAAAAGACAAUGUCAUCGCACAACCGCCCAAGGACAAGGAAGGUAGCAAAGCGACAGAUGAUCAGUCCAAGCAACAGUGCAAUGAGGCGCCCGUAAUCAAACAGCCAGUUCCUGCCCAGCAAGCUAAAGAGGCAGCCGAAAAUGAAUCAUCUGCUUCACCCAAGCUUCUCGACACGUGCCCUGUGCUGGUAGAGGACAGGCGAAGUAACGCGGAUACAUCAAUUCCGAAGCGCCGUGCGACAAACACAUCGGAAACAAGCACGGACAGCGACACGACCAGUACCACAAGAAAAGCACGUCGCCGCAAGACAUCGAAACACUCAGGAAAAUGCCGACGAUCACGGUCCAGGAGGCCUGGUGGGGGUUCGGAGGGAGCCUCACCGUUGCCCUCAAGGACCGACCACAUAGAUAAUUAG